UUACUAAUUAAGAAAAUUCAACCGUUGCUAAAUUUAUUUAAAAUGUAAAAUUAAAUUACAUAGAAAUCUAUUUAGCAGGAGGUUGAGGGAGUGUCCAAUGAAUUUACAAAUAAUUUAUUAAAAAUGAAUUAUGUGGCAAUUAGUGUUAAUUGACCAUUAUUUGCAAACUCAUCUUUGCUUCCAUUAGAAAAGGGAAGAAAGAGACGCCUGUUAGUAGAGUUUGUAGAUCCUUCUUCUAUCGGAGAGUUUGUAGAUCCAUCGAGAUUUGUCCCAAUAGAAUCGCCCGCCGAAAUUGAGAGCUUUCCGUUAUUGUCCCAUGCGAUUGUUAUCUUUUUCUCACUAUUAAGUGAAAUUACUCAAAUAACUAAUGCAACAGAAGACAAAUCAAUGAAUUAAGGGGUGUGCCUGGCUUGGGUGGAGAGAUGAAUGUGAGCCAUGCGUCUGUUCAUCCGGUGGAAGAUCCUCCGACGACGGGAGGUGGAAACAAUAACAACAACGCGCCAAUAGUUAGGAUGAAGGAUAUACAAGGAAUGCCUGGCACGAAAGGCGGCCUUGUGUUGCGUGUCUUUCAGUUUUUCUUUGCGGCUGCAGCACUUGCUGUCAUGGCCUCCACCAGUGACUUCCCUUCCGUUACUGCUUUCCGCUAUCUUGUUGCGGCUGCUGGUUUGCAGUGUUUGUGGAGCCUCACCUUAGCUAUUGUGGACAUUUAUGCUCUCUUGGUGAUGCGCUUCUUGCAAAACUAUCAAGUUGUCAGCUUGUUUGCUAUUGGUGAUGGGAUCACAUCCACUCUUACGUUUGCUGCAGCUUGUGCUUCUGCUGGCAUCACAGUCCUUAUUGAUAAUGAUCUUGGCAACUGUUCUGAGAAUCAUUGUGUGCAGUUUGAAACUGCUACAGCCAUGGCUUUCAUUAGCUGGUUUGCUGCAUUACCUUCUUUUCUCCUGAAUUUUUGGUCGCUGGCAUCCCGAUGACAAAAGAGAAUAACCGAAAAAUUAUAAAAAGGGGAGAAUGAUGACUAUUUUUGUUAGACCAACUGAAAUACAUGGUAUUGUUUGAUCUUUAUUGCCCGUUGUGUGCUCCAAUUCCCAAAAUUUAAACUCGCAUCUCGUCCCUUGUGAAUGUUUUGUAAAUCAGGAUGAAUGUAAAUAUUCCAUUAGUCUAUUAGCGAGGAAAUGAAUUUUAUUGGACCACUAUGGUGUGGAUAUUCAAUGUGGAAUAUCUGAAGUGAAUCAGUGUGACGUUUGACGAGUGUUUAAUGUUGGCAUUAUUUUCUCUCUUA